GCUGCGGGCGGAAGCCGGAAGCGGGCGGAGGGCGGUGGCGGCGCCAUGGGGGCCGUGCUGGGGGUCUGCUCGCUGGCCAGCUGGAUUCCCUGCCUGUGCAGCGGUGCCUCGUGUUUGCUGUGCCGAUGUUGCCCCAACAGCAAGAAUUCUACAGUGACACGGCUUAUCUAUGCCUUCCUCCUCCUCCUCAGCACUGUGCUUGCCUGCAUUAUGCUGGCACCAGGCAUGGAAGAGCAGCUGAAAAAGAUACCCGGAUUUUGUGACGAGGGGCUUCACACCCAGAUCCCCCACUUGGAUGGGUUUGUCAGCUGUGAUGUGUUUGUGGGAUACAGAGCUGUCUAUCGUGUCAGCUUUGCCAUGGCUGUGUUCUUCUUCCUCCUCUCCCUGCUCAUGAUAGAGGUGAAAACAAGCAACGACCCAAGAGCUUCCAUACACAAUGGGUUCUGGUUCUUCAAAAUAGCUGCCAUUGUGGCUAUCAUGGUUGGAGCAUUUUAUAUACCUGAAGGACCUUUCACAAGAGCUUGGUUUUGGAUUGGUGUUUCUGGAGCCUUCUGCUUCAUUCUUAUCCAGUUGGUUCUACUUGUGGAUUUUGCUCACUCUUGGAAUGAGAGCUGGGUUGAGAAAAUGGAAGAGGGGAAUUCUAAGUGUUGGUAUGCAGCUCUGUUGUCCUGUACAAGCUUGUUCUAUGCCUUGUCCCUGGUUUUUGUUGUUCUCUUCUACGUUUUCUACACGAAGCCUGAUGACUGCACUGAGAACAAGUUCUUCAUAAGCUUUAACAUGAUCCUGUGCAUUGUUGUUUCCAUUGUUUCUAUCCUGCCAAAAGUUCAGGAACAUCAGCCUCGCUCUGGCCUCCUCCAGUCCUCUGUCAUCACUCUCUACACCAUGUACCUCACAUGGGCAGCCAUGUCCAAUGAGCCUGAAAGAAACUGUAACCCAAGUUUGCUGAACAUCAUCACCCAGAUAGCUGCACCCACAGCUGCUCCAGCCAACGCCACUGUCCCGCCUGCCACUCCUGCUCCGCCCAAGUCCCUGCAGUGGUGGGAUGCCCAGAGUGUUGUUGGACUGGUUAUCUUUGUCCUUUGCCUCCUGUAUUCCAGCAUCCGCUCUUCAAGUAACAGCCAGGUGAACAAGCUGACCCUGUCUGGCAGUGACACUGCCAUGCUGGAGGAGGCUGUGGGGACAGGCACUGGGGCUGCUGAGGAGGGAGACGUGCGCCGCGUCACCGACAACGAGAAGGAUGGGGUUCAGUACAGCUACACCUUCUUCCACUUCAUGCUGUUCCUUGCCUCUCUGUACAUCAUGAUGACACUCACAAACUGGUACAGCCCUGAUGCAGAUUUCAAAACCAUGACAAGUAAGUGGCCAGCCGUGUGGGUGAAGAUAACCUCCAGCUGGGUUUGUCUGCUUCUCUAUCUUUGGACCUUAGUGGCGCCUGUUGUCCUUACCAAUAGAGACUUCAGUUAAAUUCCUGCACCAGUCUGAGCUUACAAAAGUGAGGAACUCUGCUGAAAGCCAAAAUGUUCACUUACUGCUUCAGUUACUGUUUCUUAUGUUGGUAUUAAAAUGCAGUUGGAUAGAGUUAUAUAUUGCAUAAUGCUUGAUGCAGCAUCAAAAUUAUCAGUUAUCUUUCUAUUUUAACCUUUACCAGGGUUAUCUUAUUACUGCAUUUUUAAAAUUCACUACAGCUGUGCUGUCAAAGCACAAAAGAAAUUAUCUAUUCUGUCCAAAAGCCACAACCUUCUACUGAAUAAGAGUUAACAUUUAGUUAAAUAUGAAGUAAUAUAUUUUAAAGAACAAUUAUAAUCAGCAUAAUGCACUACUACACUCAUGCUUCAGUUUCUGGAAGUGUAAGCCAUGCUGCUUGAUUUCUACAUUCCACUGCUAAAGUUUAUUUACAGGAAAAGUUUAUUUAAAUUACUCAACUUUGUGUUGUGGCAAAAAGCACCCUUAUUCCUCACCAAGAGAACAGAACUCCAAAGUUGAAAAAGUGGUUAACUCUUAAUUCCUUUUAAGACAAACUUGCCCUUUUUAAGAGGCCAUGUCUAUGGUAACUUCUUUUUUAGGAUGUUUGCCAAAUAGAGUGGUAAGUGUAUGAGUAGCUUAAUCAACUGUGUUGUUAUUGAUUGAUUGAUUUCAAUUGUCCAAUACACUUAAUAAAAGUAACAGACAUGGAAUUAUUAUUACUAUUAUUAUUAUUAUUAUUAUUAUUGGCUCUAAGGCAUUUGCACUGUAAACUCAUUUGAAUAAAGCAGACUAACUACUGAAA